AUUACCAAAGAGACUACUUUUAAGGACUGAACUUCUUUUUAGCUGGAUUAGAAAUUAAUUUGCAUGCUUUGGUAAUUUUUUAUCUUCAGAAUGAUUGUAUUCAUCAGUAAGAUUGUUCUUUGUGACUGACAUCGAGAGAUAAGUUGUAACUUUAUAGAGAAAAAAGAGCAGAGUACCAACACGGAUCACCCUCAGCGCCACCAGUGCAGUCAUCCCAACCAGGACCCCAUCAACAGACUACCACCAGGAAAGCGAGAGGUCAUGGAGAAGUAUUUUAAACCGGUUCAGAGCCCAGCUGAGCUGGAUAAGCUCAAGCCACGGAAAAUCCACCAUCAUCGCCAUCAUCACCUUCACCAUAGCCAAGACACUCAGUCACACAGGUACUCGAAGUUUGAUGACACUGACAGGAACACAGAUGACAGCCGAGAGCAGCCUCGCCACCAUCAGCACAGUCACUAUCUCCAUGAAAGCCCUCGCCACGAUGCUCACUAUCCCCGUCAGUUUCACCACAGUGAAGAGGAUGAGAUCAUUUACGACCAUGAUACUCCUGUAACUCUCUCAAGGGCUUCCUCUUCUUCCCUCUCGUCCUCAUCCUCUUCCUCCUGGUACACAGAGUCAAGCGCAAAUGAUCCUUUCACUCUUUGCCACGCUGAGCGCCCACAGCAUUCUCUGUCCUGCUCUAAUAUCCCAGAUGUGCGCAUAGGUUUCCGGGAAGAUGAAUGCAGUGAGCCCAUUGUCUUUGCCACCGUCAAACACAGCAAAAAAGGCAAGCUGCUUCAUGAAAGCUCACAGCAAAGAGGGAACACUGGCUUUUCUGCUCUUGACAGAGGUCACAGUCGGAGCGAUGAAGCCUUUUUUCAGAGUAAUGAUAGUGGUGGAAGAGAACAAUCUAAGCAAAAUAACUAUGGGCCUUUGUAUAAGUCAGCUAGUUUGAACCGAUGUCUGGCUUUCAGUGAGGAAAACAUUCUUUUAGGGGUCUCCAGUGCCCCCAAGAGAGCAGUAUCUUCAAACCAGCUACCCAGCAAAGGGAUCCUCAAGAACAAGGAGACUCAUACUGACAUUCGUAAGACUAAAUCGAUGGAGGUGUUGUCCCCAAGAGUUGCUAAAGAACAAGGUCCUGGGCAGAAGGGUAAAGAAAUUACUCAAGCUAACAUAGAGCAAGCCAGGGCCAAUUUUCUGCAGCAGAAAUUACAGUUCUCUGCUUUUCUAGAUGAGAUUACAAAGAGCGUUAUAAGUCCAUCGUAUCUCACCAGCUUGGGUGUUAAUAAUAAUAAAACUCCUGCAAAAACAUCUGACUCAGCCCCCACAUCUAACCCAGUUAAGCCUCAGCUCCCACCAAAAAAACACAGAAAAGCCCCAGUGGAGGAGACGGGCCAGCAUCCCAAACUGGCCAGCAGACAGGAGAAAGCACCUUUCAGUAGUUCUCGAAAACACUCAGACUGCUCCAAUCCUGACAAACUGAUUUCAUAUGCCAUGAGGAACCACCACGGUAGCCCACCGCCUCGUCACCACCCGCACUCUGCCAGCCAAAGCCCACACCACGGAAGCAACCAUAAGGACAGGAGGCCUACGUCAGGAGACAGAUUUGGUAGAGGUGGCCCUCACCUCACCGAUGAAACUAGCACCAGCCCUGAAACCAGUCAGUCCAAACAACGCCGCCACCACCACCGAAAACAGCAGCAUAGCCAGCAUCCACAUAACCCGCACUUCCACCAACAGUCCUAUCCAGACUCUGGUCACCAAGAACCAAGCAACUCGCCUCCAACUUCAGCCCAAGGUGCAGGGGUCGGAUCUGAGUCUUCAUCCACAAAAUCCGAUUCAUCCAGGGCCAGGGACACAGCCUCCACAGCUACCAGCCACAGCUCAGAUCAGAGUGGUCGACACCAGCCACAACAUGUUGGGCACUCUCAGCAGCACAGGGAUGUGCUGUGUGACACUGACCAUCUUCAGGCACUGCAGGAGGAGAAUGCUGAUCUCCACCAGAACUUGCUGCAGACAGUGGUUUGCAUUGAGAGCCUGGAGGCAGAGCUGCAGAGGACCAGAGACGAGCUCAGUCACGUCAAGGAGAAAUACAAAAGCCUUCUGCAAACACAUACUGGGACCAAGCAGGCCAAUAACUUGCUGGGGGAGCACCUGCACAUAGCGUCCGAGAGCCUGAGCAGUGAAAGGAAGUACUUGCUCAAUCGUGUGUCCAACCUGAGCUCAGAGCUGGAAGACGCCCACAGGACCAUUGCAGCUCUGGAGAACAUUAAUGUGCCAUGCUUGAUAAAGGAACUACUGAAGAAGCAUUUUGAUUCAGCUGAGGCUGUACAGAAGUUUCUCACAACCACUGCUGCAAACAGCCAUUCUGCCACCUCUCAGCAAACAGAUGGCCAGCCCCACCCUCCUAAAGCAGACAAAGCAGCACACGAUUGGCUGACAAAACCAGAGGCAGGUCCACAGAGGGUCACAGCUUUCACACCCUUUAAACAGAGUGUACCAGCAACAGGAAAUGAAUGCGGCCUCUCGGGUCAGCAUGAGCUGAGCCACAGCCCGCCUUUCUCUGUGGCUGAGAUCAGCACCGCUAUCUAUAAGAAAAUGGCUGCCAGUUAUGCUGCCAGGCCACAGCCUAUCUACCCCCAAAGCCAACAGCAGUCCUCUUUGGCCACUAAUCAUGCUGACACCCUUCCAGACCUCAGGCAGGGCCAUGUAGCUAGUGAUAACUGGGCCGGGAAGGGAGAGUUAAAGGUAACUCUUUUGGAGCAGGAGACUGAUGAUGUGAACUCUGUGUCAGCCCAGCAGAUCCUGGAUGAUUUCAUGCAGCACCUACAGUUACACAAGGAGGCUGGUGAGAGGAAGGAGCAACAGAGUGGGCAGAAUUGUAGGGCAGAAGUAACAGAGUGAAAAUGCCACAGGCACAGUGAAUGUUCAUCUUAAUGCUUCGAAAUGUGCAUUUAUUCAUCUGUCUCAUGGAUAUCUGUCAGAUGGAAAUACUGUAUUUUGAAAAUGCUGUGGUUACGAAAACUUGAACAUUAUGUUAUUUUAGGCUAUCUGUGGGUGACAAAGGAGGGCUUUGCAUAAUAGUCAGAAGAUUUUCAUGCACAAAAAGAAAGAAAGAGCCACAGCUACGUCAAAAGAGUGAGAAAAAUGGCAAUAAAAUAACAAAGUAACCAAUUAUUUUAUUAAAAAUAUGCUUUAUGCAUAAGUUCCUGUAGUAUUAAUUCACUGUCUAUUUUUUUUUACCUUUUAGUUUUCUUCCAAAUUGAUAGUGAAGGCAAAGUCACAGUGGAUAUCACAUAAUAUGGCAUCUCUAUCUAAAUCCAUCCAUUCACCCAUCUUCAUCCAAGUUAAGGUCAUGGGGGUAGCUGGAGCCUUUCCUAGCAGAUAGGUCACCAGUCUGUUGCAGCGCUGACACAGAGAGACAACUAUGGCCAGUUUAGAAUCACCAGUUCACCUAACCCCACUAAUUGCACGUAGAACCUUCUCGCUAACCAGCUCAUCACCAUGCUGCCCACUUCAUACAGACUACAGAAGUAUUUAAUUGUCUCUGAUAACAGAUCAUUGACACUGAUGGGAUCAAAUGCGAUCACUUUUAACAAAUUAAAAAAACAGUGAAAGACAGGGAAUUUAAAAGCAGGAUACCUCAAGGCCUUCUGCUAAGUGAACAAUGAAUAUUCAGUGAACGACUUUGAGUGACAUCGAGAAAACAACAUGAGAAAGGAAGCUAAUGCCCCUUUGGAACCCAUUUAAGUCUUGAGUCAGGGCAUCUCUUUCUUAAAGCAGCAGGUUAUUGUACCAUCAGUAUCACUAGAGACUGUUUUAAUCUACAUUUAUUCAUAAUAAUUCAACCAGACUCAGUUGUUCGUGUUUCUGCUAUAUAUUUGUGUAAAAUAACGCUUCAGGGACUGCUUUGGAUGUUUCAAACAGUCUAAAUAGCCCCCAUGUGAAAACCUCUUAAAAUUAAUAAGUGUACAAUGAAAAAUACUAUUUUGAGUUUACUGUGCAUUGAUUGGUUUGUGUAAAUAUCCAGAGAUUCAGUGUAAAUGUCUUUAAUUCAUAAAAAGAAAGUCAAAUAUUAUGAUUCAAAAAUGUUUUCUUUGUACUAUUGCAGGGUCUUUACCUUACAAUGUAAAGUGCCUUGAGGCAACUGUUGUUGUGCUUUGGCACUAUAUGAAUAAAAUUGGAUUGAAUUGAAUUGUUGACAGGAGAAAAUCUUUUCAAGCUGAUGUAAAUGACAAAUGUAUACAGUUAGAAUACAAAGGCGUGUACAGCUAUUGUGAUGGUGUUGAUAAGCUUAACAGAACGUGUACACCUGGAAUCUAUGUGUUCCUUUAAUUCUGUGCUUAGCAUUCUUCUGGUAUUAAUGUUGUUUUAAUCUAAAUCUCUCUCUACAUUUUGUCAUUAAAAAUACUUCUUUGUGUCUUUGCAGCUAUUCUACCAAUAAAGAUAGUUUUGUUGAUGCAGUA